GUAAAAUAUUCGCAACUAUAAUGUCUGACGUCGACACCUGUCCCCAAAUUUUUAGAAGUUUCUUCAAACAUUUUUGUUCCUUCAAAAGUGCUUUAUCUUUUGGUUAAAGUACACAAAGACUGAAAAGAAUAAUCUACAAAAUUUCUUUUAAACAUUUCCAGUCGAUGUAAUUGAGUAAUUUAUCACUGUUAUAUCAUUUCAGAUCCGAAGAGGUGAUGGUGUUCAACACAUCCAGUCCAAUUAUCGCCCUGCUUAUAUACUACAAGGUCACCAGCUUAACCGUAACAAGAUUUAUUACAAUUCUACUAGCGCUAAUGCCACUCAAAGACUGGGAUGUGAUAACGAGAACAUGAACUUAGAUAGUUAUGCUAACUUGUCCCCAUCAAGUUUACACUGAGUAUCAAGCUCCAAACAACACUACAGUCAUAACUGGGGGCAUAUCUCUUCCUAACCGUUUUGUCCCUGGGAUUGGUUCAGCAAAUCAACAUGUUCAGUUGUUACCUGACAUUAUGGAACCGGAAUACCAUCAGUUAGGUGUGCGCAUCCAACACCUAAGUGUCCGCAUUAGAGACACAAUAGUUACCAAUCCUAAUGGUUGUUGUAUUUACUAUGGGAGAUUUGAUGAGAUCAGCUCACCUGCUGCUCCUGAUCCUAUUGAAGCACAAAUUCCACACCAAAUCUCAGUAGCCAACAAGGCCUAUGUUGAUCUCUUUGUUGGAUAAUAUGGUCAGGGGAAUCAUACUGACGGUUAUCCAUGGUAGUAUUUACGCUGAAAGAAUAUGCAAGUGUGCCGUUUUUGUUUAUAUUCCAACGGUGGGUGGAGAAUAUAUUUUGGCAAAGAAGCUUGGACGUCGGUUAAGGGAGAAAAUAUUCGACUAUGAUCAGUUUUUGUUUCACCUGGACUCUUAUCGUCAAAAUCAACAGUCACGUCCUCAUUUCGAAGUCGUUCUGGCAUUUGGUCAACAACUAAAGCCUGGGAUAUCUACUGAUAGCCUACUAGUGUGGGCUCGUGUUGCUAGCUGUCGUGCUUGGUUCCAGUUACACAAAGUUCAUACACUCAGACCUGGUUAUGGUGAGUGUAACAGUGUACAUUUAAAUAAUCCAGUAUGUCCUUCCAUCUACUACCAUAUUAGUGAAAACUCAGAGCAGUCAGAGUGUGUCAUAAACCGUUUUUCUGUAAGUCAGAGUCUGAAUGGAUGCAGUAGUUACAAUGAAAAUUCAGCUAUUUUAAAAACGGAUGAUGAUUCUGUCAAUGAACACAUUGUUCCUACGAUUAAUUUUACAGACUCUUUGGAUCCUGAUAGCAUUGUUACUGAACAGAUAAUUGAAGAAGGAGUUGAAGUCCCUUUGGAUGAUACUGAUGAUUUGGCGUAUAGCACUUCCGGUUCUGUAUUGCAGGAUAAUCUCAUAGUUUGUGUUGCAUCUCAAGAUGUUUGUUCAGUACCUAUUUGUACUUCAAGUUCUUCAGUCACCCAAGACGUGUUCCUGAGUGGUAUUAAUCCAAUCGACAUGAAAUCCCACCCACUACUGAAUCCACAUGAAGAGAUUACAGACAAAUAUAACUCACGACCUGAAAACUGAUGAAUUUUCCCACCAAACUGUGUAUAGAUUUGACAGUCUCCUGAUUUUAUUAUUAUUAUUAUUAGAACCUGUUAACAGGUAAAUGUGAUAGGCCCGCUAAUAUAUGUUUUUCCAUAUAUGCUUACAUAAAUCCCUUUUGUUAUCUUAUGUUACUGUAAAAUAAAAUUUUUGUCUACUUGUCUUCACUGAAAUCAACAAAAUUUUAUGGGAAAAAACUGAAGCUCAACAGAGUCAUUAUGCAUAUAAAAUGCACUAAACAACUUGGAAAACUUUAUGCCCUGGUACGGCCGAGAGUGGGGAGAGUCCGCUCUCUCUCUCAAAAUUCUCUCACAUGGCUAUGCAUAUACAACCACUGCAAUGGAAGUCCUACUCACUACCUUCUCGCGGCGGGGGUGUUGUUUACGAAAAUGAGAGGACGAAAAGCGAAUGUCCGGCGCUUUAAACGGAUCCCAAACCAAUGGUGCACAUGGGCUCCAGUAUCCUGCGG